AUGAAUAGAAUAUCGUUAUAUGAUUUUGUGUUGGACGAAAUAAAAGGAGGAAGGUAUUAUGAGCCAUACCAUAGUGAUAAUGAAAAUUCUGAAGAAAAUUAUAAUGGUGAAAAAGGUAUGGAAAAUAAUUUAAAACAUAUGAGCUAUAGUAACAUUAAUCAAAACACGGAAGAAAAUAAACAUGAUUUUUACAAAUUUUUGGAUGACCUUUUUAAAACACAUACAAUACCAGAUAACGCUUUAGAGCAUAUGAUAUAUGUGCCAAUUUUUUUUGAAAAAAUUAUGAGUUUAUCAUUUUUGUUAUGUUUAGAUAAUAUUCUUUAUGACAUAACAUUUAUGCCUAUACAAGUAAUUCGAUCAAUUUGUAUUUUAUUAUACAUUUUAUUAAAAAAUAUUAGUAACAAUUUUUUAAAUCGCUUCAUUGAUAUCAAAAAUUUCAAAUUUUAUAAAUAUGCAACCACUUGUAAUUUUAAAUACUUAAAAAGAUACAAAGCUCGAGUAAUCAAAAAUUCAAAUAAAUUUAUAAAUACUGAAAUGAUAAGAACGGGUAAAAAAAUAAAAACUAAUGACAGCAAUGAUCUAAAUAAUAAAAAUUUAAUUUAUGAUUAUUCUUACAACUUAAAAAAUUAUACAUUUGAUAAGUUUUAUGGUCAUCAUGAUAUAGAUGGUUUUACAUAUAAAAAUGUGUCAAUUUCAGAGGAUGUGAUAAUUUCUGGAGAAAACGAUUCUAUUAAUAAUUCUAUGGAAAAUAAUUUAGUAUUAAUGAAAAUAAAACAAGGCAAAACUUGUGGUGAUGAAUUGAAUACUACUUGUUCUCAUAGUGAUAUAGAAAAUAAUAACACUAGUAGUUUAGAUAUUCUAGAUAAUAAAAAUAUUGGAAGUAGUGAUGAAUAUCAUAGCAAUUAUAGUAGCAGCUUUUAUGUACCAAAAGUAUAUUGCAUUGAUAGUGAAUAUUCAGAAAAAAUAUAUUAUAAAAAAAAUAUUCGCGAUGCUUUAGUUAAAAAAAAUUCCUUAGUAAAUUUUAACUAUGCAUAUAGUAGAAGUAUAGGGGAUGGAAGCUCUAUUGAUAUUAAUAGAAAAGGUUUUGGAAGAAAAAGAAAAAAAAAAAAAAAUUUUAAAUUAUAUAGUAUAAAUUCUUUUGAUAAAAAUGUUAAAAAAAAUAGAAUAUUUAUACUUAUUUAUUUUCUAUUUAAACCUUUCAAUUUUGUAACAAAAAAAUUAUUCAAUUUUUUUAAAUAUAUAGUUAAAUAUGUUUAUUCGUUUUUUCUCAUUAUAUACAUGAAUAUAAUACACUUUUUUCAUAUUAAAAAGUUGUACACCUUUAAUUAUAUUAAGAAAGAGGAUAAAACAAAAAUAAUCACCAGAUCCCUUGAAAUUAAAUAUUUGCCCAGUAAACAGCAAACUGGUGAUAACGUCAAAAAUGAAAAAAACAACGGCAAUGAUGAUUGUGUCCAAGUAUAUAAAGAACAUAUAAACCCUACUCAGGAAAUGAAUAACGUGUCAGCACAAAUAAAGGCAUGCGACAGCGACCUUCAAAAGCCAGAAUUUGAAAAGGAUGAAAAGGAUGAAAGGAAAGGAAAGGAAAGAAAUGGGGAGAUCAGCUAUUUAGAGAACAAAGUACAUGAAUCAAACGUAGAAAAAAAUCAACAAAUAGAGACUGAGCAUACUACAAACGAAAAUGAAAAGGCAGUGAAUUUUACUAAUAUAAGGAAUGUAGCUAAUAAAUAUAUAAGUAAUAAAAAAUUGAAUGAAAAACAUAAUUUUAAAAAAAGAAAAGAAGAAAAUGAUGCAAAUUGUAAGGAUAAAAAUAUUAUAUACGAAAAAAGUCAAGAAAAUACAAAAAUAAAUAAUGAAACAAAAAAUGAAGGUUUUACGAUGAAUGAACAAAAUGAUGAUAGCUAUUUUUAUUAUACAUGUAAUGAACAUUAUUCAGAAAAAAAAAAAAAAAAUGUUAAAAAUGUGAAAUAUAUGAAAAAGAAACUUUUAAAGGAUCAUAUAAAUUUUUUAAAUUUAUCUUUCCCAGAAUAUAGUGGAUUAAUAAGAACAUCAUUAAUUUUAAUAUGUAUAUAUAUUUUUUCAUUUCUUGAUACAUCUAGAAUUUAUCAUUAUAUUCGAGCACAACCAUUUAUGAAACUAUAUGUUGUUUUAAACAUGCUUGAAAUUUUAGAAAGAUUAUUGAGAUCAUUAGGCAAAGAUUUAAUUGAUAAUAUGAUUAGAACAUUUAUAAGGAUUAUAAACUUACGAUCAUAUAUAUAUAUAAUUCGCAAUCACUAUAAUAAUAUGACAAACGAUGAUGAAAAUUUUAGCAAUGAAUCUUUAGAGGGGCGAAGAAAAGAAAAAUACAUAAUAAAUAAUAAUAGUAAUAAUAUAUUACAGGAAGAGGGAAAUGGAAAAAAGAAAAAUGAAAAAAUAAAAUUCUCAGAAAUUUUCACUAAAGAGUAUCGAACAAAUUCGGAUAUAUAUAUAAAUUAUAAAGGCAUUAAUUUUAAAAAGAAUAAUAAAAAUAAUGAUAACACAAAUCCCUAUUUCAAUAAGGAAAAAAAUAUGUUUUCUUUUUUAAAAAAUAAUAAUGAAAUGCCAGCAAAUUUCAAAUUACCAAUAUUCUAUCCUUUUUUAAGUAUAUUAAUCAAAUUCAUUUUGCAAUAUAUUUUUGUUCUCAUCUAUAUUUUGACUCAUGCUUUUGCCCAUCUCAUUCGGUUCCUUUCUCUCAACAUUGCAAUUAAUUCUUCAGAGUCUACUAUGUUUCUUAUUUUAGUUAUGAGCAAUUUCACAGAAAUAAAAUCAACAGUAUUUAAAAAAUUUACCAAAAUAUCCUUAUUCACAAUUGUAGCUUCAGAUGCUGUUGAACGAUUUUAUUUAUUUAUAGAUGCUUUUCUUGUUUUAUUGAAAAUGUCAACAGCUUAUAGAACACAAAAUUCGUUCCUUAGUAUUACUAGUUGGUUGGUAAUUAUUUUAUUACUUGAGGUUGGUGUUGAUUGGUGCAAACAUUCAUACCUUUUGAAGUACAACAAAUUAAAAUCCGAGUCUUUAAUCAGAUAUUUUCAAACUUUGUUAGCAGAUGUAUUAAUUUCAAGAACAAGAAAUAAUAACAUUUAUUACAUGAACACGCUAUCAUUUGAAGUCCCUUGCAAAAAUAUUUUUUCAUUUUCACAUAUACCAACAAGACGACUUGGAUAUAUGUCAAUGCCAGUUGUGACCCUGAUUGUAUGUUCACUUCCAAGACUAAAUUAUUUAUCAAACAUUUCACUGUUGUCAUUCGCCUUGUCUAUAUGGAUUUGUUUAUUCCUUUUCAAGAUAAUAUUAUCAAUUAUGAUCGUAUCCUAUACAAUAUCUGAAAAGCAUCAACUCAAAAAUUUGAAGAAGCCAUAUGAUGACAUAAGCGCUUUAUGA